CGUUAGGUAGCCACUCGCAGGUAAACGGUGCUCCUUCUCGUCUACCUCCAGUCAGAUCCCUGCAGCACCACGCCAUGGCUCGCCUGCACGCCUUCUUCUGUCUCCUCGCCGCUUUGACGGUGACGGUGAGGCUCACAGAGGCGGCCGUCGACUGCUCCGCGGACGGCACCAAGUGUGAGACCUGCUCCACCCUGGCCCUGUGCAGCGGCGGCAGUGUCACGGGAACCUUCCAGUGCCAGAGCGACGAGAUGUGCGAGGAAGACGGGACGGGCGUGGGCACCUGCAAGCUCUCCUCUGACGCCACCAGGACGAACUGCCAAUGCUCCGCCUUCCCCUCGUACGUGGUGGACUCCUACGACCCACAGAAGUACUUGCUCUGCUUCUCCUCCACCCUCAUCAUCCCCCUGAGCUGCGAGGACGGCCAGGUCUUUGACGGAGCCGCGUGCGUGGCAGGCCCCACCCCCGCUGACACCACCGUUGACACCACCUCCACCGCCCUCACCACCACCCCGCCCACCGUCACCUGCGAGGAGGCCGGCCUCUUCCCCCUGCUGCCCAACUGCAACGGUUACUUCGCCUGCUUCGACCUCGCGGGCACUCUGACGGCCACCGAUGUCGUGUACUGCACGAGUCCCCAAGUCUUCGACCCUGUUGUUGCCUCGUGCGUGGACGCCAUCGCCGAUCCCGGACUGCCCACCUGCGCCACCGGGGACUUCGUGGUGGCCGACACCGUGGAGUGCAACGCCUUCUACGUGUGCGCCGGCGGAGUGCCCGUGGGAGAGAAAAUCUGCUGCGGCGAGGGCGAGGUGUUCAACGAGGCCACGCCAGCAUGCGAGCCUGACAGCGGCAGCGUGACGUGCCCCGUCGAGAACCCCUGCUUCAGCGGCGAGGUGGUCAAGACGUGCGUGCCCCCGACCUGCUAACUGACCACUGACACAUCGGUCUGCCACGGUCGGUCCUCCGGCUCAUUCCAGCAUAGUGAAAAUUAUCGGUUUCUGAGUAAAAUUAUCGCACCCACUUAA